CGCGAGUGGUUGUGUCGCCUCGAGUAGCGUUUCUAAUAGCAUAUAUAUAUAUUUCUGAUCUGCCAUAUAUAUAUACCUAUACUAUAUAUCUAAAGAUCGUCUGUGGCGUAGGGUGCAAAAAUUUGUACGCCGAUUGCACCAGUGCGUUCAUCAAAGCGGCGCGUGUGUGUGCGUGUUUUUCUAGUGUAUUAGUGUGUGUGUAUAGCAGCAGAAGAUAACGUUAGCUACUGCUACUGGAGAAGCGUAACGUGCCGCCGCGGCAUGCGCACAAGUUUGCAAAAGUUGAGCAAGUUAUUGGCAAACUGCAGCAGAGCCCGCAACCAUCACAGUUAACAGCGCACGCAACAGGGCCCCUCAGCGGGCGCCUCGGAUACACAACAGGAAGCUAAAGCAGCAACAACAACAACUGAAAAGCUUAAGUCAUGGAGCAAUUUGAACAGUUGCUAACAUGCUGCGUCUGCCUGGACAGAUAUCGCAUACCAAAGCUGCUGCCAUGCCAGCACUCCUUCUGCAUGGAGCCCUGCAUGGAGGGACUGGUCGACUAUGUGCGCCGCCAGGUCAAGUGUCCCGAAUGCCGCGCCGAACAUCGCAUACCCUACAAUGGUGUGCAGGCCUUUCCCACCAAUGUGACACUGCAGCGUUUUCUCGAGCUACACAUAGAGAUUACCGGCGAGCUGCCCGAUCCCACCUCAGGUCAAAUCAUGGAGCGCUGCGGCGUCUGCUCGGAGAAGGCGUAUUUGUCACACUGUGCGCACUGCGAGAAGAAAAUCUGCGACGACUGCAAAAGCGCACACAUGGACAUACUAAGGCGUGAAAUCACACGCUUCAACUCACAGAUACGUCGCAGUUUGCAUCGACUGCAGGAUUCGCUUGCUAUAAUAGAGAAGAACACGCUUAGUUUGCAAACCAAUGCCAUAAGUGUAACAGAGGAGAUUGAUGAAAUCUAUCGCCGCAUUACCAAGGCCAUAAAAGAUCGCUCCGAUCAGCUUAAGGGUGAAAUCGAUCGCUACUUGGCUGUGGAGCUGCGUAACCUCACAACGCUCAAGGAGAAUCUCGAUUUGGAAAUAACCAACAUUAGCAGCAACUGCGAUAUUGUGGACAAAUAUAUGAACGAGACUGUGGAGUGGGACGACUGCGAGCUCAUGGACACCAAGGAGAUCUUCCUGAAGACCGUUGAGUUUCUGCGUCACUUUGAAUAUGAAAACAACGAUUACAGUCGCCGCGUGCGCUUCCUCGUGUCCAUUGAUCCCAAUCAGCUGGUUAUGAAUUUGGCUACAUUUGGCGAUCUGAAUAUAGCGCCACACUCGACGCCAGGCAGCUCGGUGAGCAGCUCACAUUUGGCGCCACCUAGUGCACUGCAGCCUGGACUCAUGCGCUCCAAGAGCGAUCAUCGCUUGGCCACGCAGUUCCGCCAGCAGGAGGAGCGCAGCGGCUACAACGAUGAGCCCGUGCUGGGCGGUCGCAAGUUUGGCGAGCGCCCACAGCGUGUGGCCAAGGAGGUGGAUCGCUAUGGCGAUCGCAGCUAUGGACGCAGCGAUUACAAUGAGUACGACAACGACUACGAGAACGAGCCGGCCAGUCGUGCUGGCAAAUCUUCGCGCUUCCGCUCGCGUUUUGUGCGCUCGCAUCAGAACGAGGACUCGGACAGCGAGCAGCAGCAGCAGCGCCAGCAGGAGCUGGAGAAGCGCAAGGAUCGCGUGCUCGACAGCGAGGAUGUGUCGCGUGGUCAGCUAAGCGGCAUUAUACGCCUUAGCGACUGCUCGCGUGUGGUGCAGCGUCUCGCCGACAUAGGCAAGGAGAAGAAGGAGAAGAAGUCCGAUGCAGCCGAAGCUGCCAAGGCGGCAGUGCAGGCGGCUAUACAAGCUCAAAAGGCCGCAAUGCAGCGCCAGCAGCAGAAGAACCAGCAAACACAGGAUGAGAAGAAAGCAUCCGCAGCAGCCAGCAGCUCAACUGCAAGUGAAGCGCCCAGCGCUGAGCGUGUGGCAGCCCUAAAGCGUGGCGGUCAAGGCGGCAGCGAGGAAAGCGACAGCAGCACAGCAGCAGCAGCGACGACGACGUCAGCAGCAGCAGCGACCAGCUCACCAGUGCGUACAGCGCGAGCCGAGUGGACAAACGAUGUGUCCAAGCCCGUGGCGGCCGUCAAGAAGACACAGCGCAGCGGCAGCAGCGACAGCAGCGCCAGCACCGAAAGUAGCGCCAGCUCGCCAACAGCAGCAGCAGCCGCCGCCAACAACACGCAGCAGCCAAAGGCAGGCAGCUCAGCGAGAUUUUCAAGUGCACGCGACUCAACAGCAGCAGCAGCUACACCUGAGAAGAAACCCUUUGUGAGCAGAUUCUUGCCAGCGCAUAGCACUGCCAAUGCGGCUAAUGGUGCAGCGGACAAAAAGAAAGCGGAGAGCGAGUCCAGCACUGAAGAGGAAACCAGCUCUGAGUCCGAGUCUGAAUCGGAAACUGAGUCCAAGGCCAAGCCCAGCGCUACAAGCAGCGCCAAUAAGUCAACGCCAGCCAGCAGCGCUGCCAGCUCCAGCACCAAUGCAGCCAAUGCAGCCAGCAGCAGCAGCAGCUCAAGCUAUCGCGAUCGCCUCGAAGCGCGACGCGCCUCACGCGACGAAUCCACCGCCAGCGCCAGCACACGCAGCAGCUAUGCCACGCCCAAUUCUAGCGGCUAUGGCAGCAGCAGCACAACACGCACACGCGCUGUGCCCGCGCCACAUCAUGCGGCAGACAGCGAAGACCGCUACGGCAGCGGCAGCAGCAGCUACACAAGCCGCUUUCUGAACAAAAGCAAGAGCAGCGCGAUUGUCUCACAGCCGUCGCUGUCGACGCCCAAUGCAUCGUUCGAUGAUGACGCCAACGGCACUGGCGACGACUCCGACAGUCGCUACGGCACUGGACGCUCCCGCUAUCUGGCCAUGAAGGAGCGCCGCACACGACUCGCGCGCAGUCGCUCCUCGCAUCAGUUUGGCAACGAAGAUGAAGAUCUGGAUGAGCCUGUGUCCCCCACAACUGUAUCGCCGUCCGCUUACUUGGCCUCCAGAUAUAGCGGCUAUGGCAGCAGCGAUCUGGCACGCAGUCGCUCCUCGCAUGCGCUCAAGUCGCGCGACAAUUCGCCCAUCACGGAUCGCAGCGCGGGAUCGUCGCGCAGCGCUUUGGCCGGCAGCUCGACGGACACCAAGGACGGCGAGGCCUUGAGCUCCUGGGCACGCUACUUGAAGAACAAGUACGGCAACAAGAGCUCCAAGGACACGCCCAGCAGCAGCAGCAGCGGCGUGGGCAGCGGCGCUGGCAGCAGCAGCAGCCGCAGCACCGCGUCCGAUGUGUCGCGACGCUUGAGCCUCGGCCUGCCGCUGAGGCAGGCCAACGAGCUGGCCUCCUCGGACGAUGACGGGUCAAAAAACGGGCUAGGCUCCCCUACGUCCCCUACGGUAGCAGCAGCAGCAGCAGCAGCCGGUAUAACCGGAGUGGCAGGUACUAUCCCUAAGCAGGUUUAUCUGCGCAAGCGCCAGCAGCUGUUCCAGUUGGGGGGCCGGGGGAGCGAGCCCGGAUCCUUUACGUGGCCGCGCGGCUUGGCCGUCGGUCCCGACAAUAGCAUCGUUGUCGCCGACUCCAGCAAUCAUCGCGUUCAGGUCUUCGACUCGAACGGCAUCUUUGUGAAGGAGUUUGGCGAAUACGGCAACGGCGAGGGCGAGUUCGAUUGCCUCGCCGGCGUGGCCGUCAAUCGCAUUGGCCAGUACAUCAUAGCCGAUCGAUACAAUCAUCGCAUACAAGUGCUCGAUCCACAAGGACGUUUCCUGCGCGCGUUUGGCUCGCAGGGCACCGCAGAUGGCAAAUUCAAUUAUCCUUGGGGCGUUACAACCGAUGCACUCGGCUUCAUUUACGUUUGCGAUAAGGAGAACCACAGAGUGCAGGUUUUCCAAUCCGAUGGUUCCUUCGUUGGUAAAUUCGGUUCCUGCGGCCGUGGCGAGGGUCAACUUGAGCAUCCGCAUUAUAUAGCCGUCUCGAAUACGAAUCGUGUGAUUGUUUCCGAUUCGAAUAACCACAGGAUUCAGAUAUUCGAUGUCAACGGCAAAGUGCUGUCCACUGUGGGCGGCGAGGGCAGCGACGACGGCCAGUUCAAAUUUCCACGUGGUGUGGCGGUGGAUGAUCAGGGCUACAUCUUUGUGGCGGACUCGGGCAACAAUCGCAUACAAAUAUUCAAUCCCGAUGGCAGCUUCCUGAAGACCUUUGGCAGCUGGGGCUCUGGCGAUUCGGAGUUCAAGGGACUCGAAGGCGUCGCCAUUAUGUCCAAUGGCAACAUACUGGUCUGCGAUCGUGAGAAUCAUCGCGUGCAAGUUUUCUAAGCAGCAACAACUUUAAGCCAAUGCAAUUAAUUUUUGUGUUUUUUAUAUUUUGCCUUCUUCAAGCUAAAACU